UACGAGAUAUACAUGUGAUAUAACAUAUCUUCCUGAUUAAUUAAGUUUGAUGUUAUACAUUCAACGCAAAAUAUGUCUGAAGUAAUUUUCCAAAUAUUCGUUGUUUUCUUUUGGCUUGUCGCUCUUGGAACUAGUGUUGCAGGAUUCGAUACCGGUAAACCAUACAGAAAAGUAUUCUGUAGAGGGGAUAGAUUCGAUUAUAAAAAUGUCAAAUGCGAACUUCAGAAUUCGGAGCACACCUUGAUAGGACUUCAUAACGUCAUGUUUGGCUACCUAAGCGAAACUGUCAACUGCACGGAAAUGAACGAUACAAUGGGAUGUGAGGAACAGAUGUCCAAUACACAGAUGAUACUCAUGCUUGAAAAGGGUUCUGCACAGCAAUCUAUAACGGCAGUUCAGUUUCCUGCAGUAGAUUCUCCUAAACAUUGCACAGGGUAUGGCAAUCAACCGGACUACAUGGCGUUUAUAUUUGAGUGUUUGAAAGUGUCUAGCAUUACAGAAAUGUGUAAUACGUCAACUAAGACCGGACAUAAACUCUCCGUGUACAAUCCAGGAUACCCUGCCGUUUAUUCAGUACAGGGUACUCACCACUGUGAAUGUAGCGUAUCCAGUCCUUCGGCGGUCAUUGUUGUCACUAUAUACGACUAUCGAUUGAAUUGUACUGGAAAUAACCAGAACUUAACAAUAAGAGACAACAAUGGUAUCGUGUUAGAUUCAAUAUGUGAUUCAUUCCAAAACGGACAGCGUAAUUCUUCUAACCAAAAUCUCACAAUAGUGUGGAAAGGACAAGUUAACAGGAUCGGGCUCUUCUGGAUUGGCUUCCAUGCUGAAGAUGCUGUUUCCACUGUAACUGUUGAUUGUUAUCCGAUUUGGGAUCCAACAACUACAACAACAACCUCUUCUACCACCAGCACAACAGCUGCUUCUACUACUUCUUCAGUUGUUAAUUCUGCAGCAAGUGUUUCAUCUCUUUUGACACCCAAUUCAAAGACAGAUACAGGAAGUCCUACUAAAUAUGUAUCUUCUACUCAAAGUGUGACCACUACAACACAAGUCACAAAUACCGCAAAACAACAGAGGAAACCAAUGCCAAAGACAGUGGUAUAUGCUUUAGCUGCAGCCGGUGGUGGUCUGUUCCUUGUACUUAUAAUUGUGUGUGUAGUGGUUGUAAAAAGAAGAAGUAAUAUCGAGGAAAUUGACCCGAUGCAUAUGCAAAACAUGAACACCAGCAUAUCAAAAGAGCAAACGACAUUAAGUCAUUCUGGGGGAUCUCGGGGUAAAACAACAGAAAAUCGAAGACGUUCGUCAGCUGUUGAAUUAGAGAACAAAGGUAACAAUAGUAAAAUAAGAAGGACGUCUAAUAAUUCUCGUGGUACAUUUGAUGAAAAGCGGAAAAUGUCUGAACAAAUACAAGACAAGUCUAAAGAGGCGGCCAAAGGUACACGGAAAGACAGUAAACCUAGUGUGACAAACUUGCCUGCUAGACAUAGGGAAUCGGCUUCGUCUGUUACUUCUAAAGAGAACAGUACACCUAAAAAGAUUUCUAGAAAAGUAAGCGAAACAACUGACAUUGAUAAAAAUGAUACUAAAUGAUGAAAGAAGGCAACUCCAAAAGUUAUUCAUCCACUAAAUCAAUGCAGUUGAAACCUAAAUCUAACAUUUCUCAAUCUCGCGAACCAAAGACCAACUCGAGUGAAAGUCUAAAUCAACCAGAUUAACUAACAGACAGUCGUAGAUCUUUCUGACAGAUAUGAAUGCAAAAGUAAUUAUGUGAUCAAUAUGUUUUAUGAUUCGUGAUAUCUGUAAAUGCGAAGGAACUGUUUCGUUUUAAUUUAAUCAUUUUCCGACUUUUAUGUCAUACCUUUGUAUAGGAAAAGACAGCCACUGGCAACAAAUUACUUGCUUUUCACCGCUCUAUUCAAAAUUCUUUGCUUCGAGGAAGCCAUCUAUCCGGUCCACAGAAGGCUGUUUGUGUUUCCCAGGUAACCGAUUGUGCUAAAAAUAAUGACCAGGAGACCCCCUGUGUCUUCCUACAACAUUGAAUUCUGGAAGGUCGCAUCAUAACUUAUGAUUAUGUCGAUGUAUUUUUAAACCUAACAAAAACAAAUCAAUUAUGUUAUUAUGUGACAUGACCAUCAUCAUAGUAGUUUGUCAUAGUACUUAACUUAUAUUUCUUUUCUCAUAUAUUAAUUUUUUGAAAUUGUUUUAUAACCUACGUAUUAUUCUAUGUUCUUCAAUGUGUAUGUCUAAUAAUGUGAUUGUUUGUAUGAACUUAAUCAAGUGUUAUGAAAAUUUUAGUAUAUAACUGAUCCAAUCGAUUUUCGUCGCGAAGUGACGAAAAUCCGGAUACAGUAUACGGCAACAAGCAAGAUACCAAGCACAAUAAUAUAUUAUCAAACAAAACUUUUGUCCUUUCGGCAUGUGUACUGAGCGUUUAGCUGCAGAUGUUUUGGAAGAAAGCGUCAUUAAGUGUCUACGCAACCUUUUCAUCUAUUGUAAAUAAAGGAAUGUUCAUUUGGUUAUUUAUGUCAUAUCAAAUAUGAGGACUUCUAGCUUUAUAUCUUCAAUUUGCAUCUGUUACGACUAGCCGAGUGACCAACAAGUAAAGAGGUAAACACGGGAUAUUUCACAUCUACACAAGUUCACAAAAGAAACUGUGCACUUUAUAUUUUCAGAUUUUCUUAAAAUUCGGUGAUGGAUUGUUGUCAUGCUUCGUAUCAUUUUAAAGGAUAAACAUUUAUCUUUUCAUUUUAAGCGAUUGUGAUUUUGCCACCUGUGCUAUGCAUAUAUGUUGCACCUUGGAAUCGUACGAAAUUGCUAAUCGGGCUAUUACGUAAGACCUAGCCAUACUUUGACUGAUAUUUUGCUAUGUUUACAAACUGUAACGACCGAGAUUUUUAUUUAUUUUUAAUACAACUGUACACGUUAUCAAAACAAGAAAUGUGCACAAUUGUAUAUGUAAACGUUUAUCUAAGACUGUGAAAUUUCAAAGGGAUUUAUUAUGACAUCUAAUCUAUGACAGGCCAAUUUCUUUUUACAAAAGUACUGAAAUAGUUAUUUGCAGGAUGUAAUUUCUUAUGUGCGUGAGUAAGAUAAUAAUUAUGUAAAUCUUAAUUGCGAACAAAGGUGAUUUAGGCCAUCCAGCGUUUGAAAAAAAAAAAAACACUUUUCUUACGGAUUUCUCCUUAUCAUUACUACAAUAGGUCAGUAAGUCAUGAGUUCAUGGAGCUUAAUUUUAGUUCUGGGGGAUUGGGGAUAGGGCCCAUUUCGUUAUUUCGUUCUGUCGCAGGGACUAAACGAUAAACGUUGUAAGGACGCCCCGCCGAACGUCGUCCCGCCAGGCGUCGUUAUGGCGCCCCGGUAAACGUCGCCCCUACGAAUGUCGCCCCGACAAAUUCGGUAUGGCGCCCCGCCAAACGUCUUCUUUUCUAGAAUGACAUGACAGUAUCAAUUAAAUUAGGUAAAAAAAAAGAUUUUAAUACUGAUUGAAUACUUUUAGUCUUUCAUUAAGUGUUACCAAGGAAUGUUGCUUAUUCUUACCCCAUUGCCUCUACACUCUCCUCUCUACAGCUAUACAUAACACGGUUUUUAACUUGGCUGAUAGAUAACGAUGUUCUGUGGGGCAACGUUUGUCGGGGCGUCAUCACGACGUUUGUCGUUAUGGCGCUGUAACAGAAUAAAAGAACGAAAAGGCAGAAAUCAGCCACCAUACAAAAUAAUGAUAACAGAAAAUACAGUGAUAUGUGAAACAG